CGAAGUUACCCUCAUUUCUGCUGAACACUGCAAAGAAGCUGUAGUGACCCCCCUAGUCAUUGAAAAUCAAGUUUUUACUGCCUCACCUGCUGUACAUCCGGGCCGUGCACUUCUGAGAGUAAAUUUAACUAAGAUUCCUAUCAUGCCUAUUGAGCAGUUAAGAGAUAAGCUAUUGAAUAGCUUCGCUCAGUACGGUAUAGUUAGAGAGUUAUUUAUCUUGAUGACUAGGCCCAGCGCUGGUUUUCCGGUAAUGGGUGCAUUUACCUGGAAAGACCGCCUAGCUCUGAAAUUAAGUUUGAUCCUUUGACAUAUAAGAUACCUCUUGAUGGUGACCAUUCAUGCUUGGGUACGUGGUCCAAAAUGGACAAACAUUGCAUUUACUGUAAGGCUAUGAGCCAUAUUAGGAAGGAUUGUCCUUCACUUUCGACUGAAACGCGUACCUGCUUCGUAUGCCAUAGCCGUAGUCACAUCGCUCGCAACUGCCCUAAGGUUACAAACCCUAAUCAGACAGCCUCCAAACGCCGUCGGCCUAUUCCUGUCGACAGUAGUUACGAAGUACCUGUCACUGUUCUUUCUCGCCCUGCUAAAACACUAUUGUCCACUAUCGUCCACUACUCCACCAACUUCUCCCGAACCAGUACUACAUGAAGUUUCAACGACCUCUGAGGAAGUAGCCUCUGCACCAGUCCUCAAGCAUCAAACAACGGCCCCGAUGCCUAAUGCAGACUCCUCAGUAGACUUUGUCUUCGUCCCUACUCCCGUACAGGAGAAUGUU